AUGUUUUAUUCAGAGACUCUGCUCCAAAAGAGCGGGCCGCUCGCCCGCGUCUGGCUUUCAGCCAACCUUGAACGCAAGCUCUCAAAGAAUCACAUUCUCCAAUCCAAUGUUCCAGAUAGCGUGGAGGCCAUUAUUAUGCCCAACCAGGCGCCCAUGGCUUUGCGUCUAAGUAGUCAGCUACUCUUGGGUGUUGUACGAAUUUACCAGCGAAAGACGCGUUACCUUUUGGAUGAUUGCAAUGAAGCCAUGAUGAAGAUCAAGAUGGCCUUUAGAUCUUCUGGAAACAAUGACAUGGCUGUUAACCUACAAAUUCCUAACCGCGAAGCUUUGACGCUCCCGGACAAGAUUACACCCUACGACAAUUUUGAGCUACCUCUCCCACCAGACGCGAAUUGGCUUUUGUCCCAAGUCGAAGAUGUGACCGCUGCACCAAUUGGCCGCAAAGGACGCGUCAGCCAGAGGGAUAUCAACUUGCAAGAAGAUUACGACAACAGCCAAUUCCUCAAUGAUGGUAUGGCAAUGGACGAUGACAUGAUAGCACCACUGGGUAACAUUGAUCUGGAAUUGGACUUUGGUCUUGACGAUCUCGGACUUGAGGAGACCGCACUAGAGCCCGAAGGUGGUCGACGAGAAGAUCCUGGUGCCGCUGGCCCUGAGAUUGAUGAUACCGACCUCGAGUUCCCUCAAAAAGAUGACCAAGACCGUGCUAUGACUAUAGACCUUCCUAGGGAUGAUGUUAUUAUUCAUGACGGUGAGGAUGUUGUCAUGGGCGAAGAUAUGGGGAUCGAUUUCCACGCAGAUGAUAUUUCCCAGAUGCCCGACAUCGCAGUUCCCGGUUACCCUCCUCCACGAGUUUCCGAGUCACCGCUCUCCGAUAUCGACGCUGAUCAGGCUCUACAACUGGAACAAGAACAUUCAAGAUACCAAAUGGCAGACCUUUAUGAGCCCGAUCACGAGGACGAUCAUAUUGUGCGACGACCUGCGCAGCGUGCCAAGAAGCAGAAGGUUCUUACACCGGAUGAGGAGAUUGCCCUCUCUAGCAACCACAUCAAGCAACAACAAGCCAAUCGCGACAACAUCAUCAGGGAGGCUGGAUUCCUCCCUCGCGAUGCCAAUCUUCUUGCUCUGAUGGAUAUGCAAAAGCGGGGCGGAUUUGUUACAUCCAUCAUGAUGGAAGAGCGAAGCUCGGCUUGGGCUCCAGAGUUGCGCGGUAUGCUUUCUCUCGACACUGCUCGUGGUAUGAACGAGCUCAAGCGCAAGCGAGAUGGCGGAAUUGCCGAUGUUGAGAGUGAUCACGGUGCAUCCAAAUCACCACGUAUGCUCGACAUUGGGUCAGACACCGGACUCGGCCUCGAGGGUGGUUUCGGCGAAAUGAGCAUCCCCCCUGAGGAAAGCCGCCACGAAAUCCCUGGCGAGGGUGAGAUGGAGGAUGAAGAAGGGGUUACCAUGAUGCCAGGUUUCGAAGACACAACCAUUGCUCUUGUCCAUCCUGCUGAGAGUGGCCCCGUUUCUCAGAUUACCAAGCAUGUUGUCCACCAGCUCCGAGACCAUUUCGGUGAUGAUGCUGCCGACAGCCCAGGAAAGCGCACUGAGAGAGCAGUCCUCUUCCAGAGCCUCUGCCCUAGACAAGAGACCAGCAAGGCUGAUGCUACCAAGAUGUUCUUUGAGUGCCUGGUUCUCGCGACCAAGGAUGCUAUCAAGGUUGAGCAGGGAUCUGGUCUGGGUGAUGACAUCCGAAUAAGGGCCAAGCGUGGACUUUGGGGAGCUUGGGCCGAGAGGGAGGCUGGUGGUGAAAUGUCCCAGGACAACGACACCCCUAACGAGCCCGAGCACGCCGCAGUCGUUGUUCCCGCAGUUUCUGUCUCAGCAUGA